AUGGUCAAUAUUAAAGACGAGCAACAAAAUUGUCCCUCUGCUGAUGAUUCUUCAUCCAUCGACAAAAAUCUCCCGCUAGCCUCUGCUUUACCGCUGACUACACAGAACCAAUCUGAUGAACAUAUUGAUCCCUCGCCUCAACAACCUGACUUAACAGCUCUACCGCUACCUGAACCUAACCAGCCAAGUCUGUUUCCCGAACAACAGCCUACCCAACCUUCUCAACCCUCUGAACAACCUACCCCGCUUUCUCAUCCGUCCGAACAACCCAGCCAAUCCUCUCAAUUUUCUGAAUCUACCCCUACAGACUCACCCCUCAUCACUUCUCAAGGUCUAAUCGCUUCAAUCAAAUCUGCUAUGAAACCACCUUCCCGCCGAACACCUGCCAAACUGCCUGAUGAACCUUCUCUUGCGUGCCUUCGAAAAUCUACCGUGCCAACACUUGUAACCGGAAAACCCCGUUCUUCUAUCCCUGUACCUACCACAUCACACACUCCCAUAUUGGUCACUCCUAACAACCCAGAGAAAGAGAUGGAAACUACUCACAAACUGAGAAGAGAAUCAUCAUCAUCUGAACUCUCGACCCCCUACCUCAGGGAGGAAAAAGGGGAGAAACAGGUCAAGGAAAUCCAUGUAAGCUUAUAA